UUAGACUGGAUUUCCCAACGCUGAAAGGGAGAGUCCCGUCUUUGCAGCUCUGUAAAAAGUGAGAAUUGCGGGGGAUUUGACACUAUGGGAAAACUGGACGAGUUACUUUUAAGUAGCUAGUUGUGAUGCGGAGAGGAGACCUUGUUCCCCGGGCCUUCCAGGCCCCAGUGGAUGUCCAUGCUAGUGUAGAUGGCCAGGUGUACAUGUUCAGGAACGGCCAGCCAAAUGACUCUGCAGGCUCUUCAGAGGACGAAGAGUUCAAUGUGAUGGCGCUUAGGCCCCGGGGGCGGCAGGAGCCGGACCAGGACAGACUGGGCAGCCUCAUGCUGCUAGAGAGGGAUGUAUUGGUUGGGGACAACCUCAACAAACUUGCUCUGCAAUAUGGCUGCAAGGUGGCUGACAUAAAGAGGGUGAACAACCUGAUUCAGGAACAGGAUAUGUUUGCAUUGAAAUCAAUCAAAAUCCCUGUGAAGAAACACAGCUUAUUGACUGAGGCUAACACAGAACACAGAACCUCAAAUUCAUCCACACCACCUCCCCAGCCACAGGACAGACCUACAGCCAGCUCCCCUGGUAGGCCACAUCUACAGGAGUACACUGACUUCCUCAAGGAAGUGGAUCAUGACAUCGAGAGACUGAUUCAAACCACAGAUAAACAGAAUGAGGUAUUUUUAGAGGCCGCGGAGCAGCCACAGAAUUUGGGCUACAGAGGCCAGCGCUUGACCAGCUAUGGAGCAGACUGGGGCAUCCAGUGGUGGAACGCUGUGGUGGCCAUGCUCCUGAUAGGCAUUAUCCUGCCUGUCUUUUAUGUUGUUUAUAUCAAAACACAAGAUACUGGAGUGCCUGCUGCUGUAGCUACCUCAAACAGCUCAGGGACAGGCCUCAUCACAGAAAGCACUAGGAGCACUUUUAGCAGCCAGGAAAGUGUCCCUCAGUCUGAACGAACCAAACACAUAAUACAGGGAAAGAAUGUCUAUGGACUUCAUGCUUAAUGUCACUUUAAAUCCCAAACCAGUGUUCUGCUUAAAGGUCAUCAAAGAAGUGUUGCCGUGUAACAUUUCUUUACAAAAGAUUGAAGUUGUAGUAUGGAUUUCUGUAAGUGUUUUAUCACAGACAUUGGACUUCAUGGUUUCAGAUGUUGUGUGCCUUAUUAGAUGUCUCACUUAUCCAGUCAACGGUUCUUUGUGCUAAUUAUUUUGAAGACAUUUUAACAUGUUUGCUGUGUGACAACCUUACAACUGCAAUUGAAUAUGGAUAUUCAGUUUCGGACUUGCUGCCUGUCCCAGUCUGAACUGAUUGUAAAAUAUCUGUGUGUUUGUCCAAAUGUAGUGCCAUUUUAUAGAGAUGUUUGUUUUCUUUGCGAGGCAUUGGAAAACCUCCCUGGUGUGUGAGACAGAAUCUGUCUGAAAUUCAAUGCUUGACUGAGGGUGGGGUACAGACAUGAGGUAGUCAUUUAAAAAAAAAAAUGUGUUAAACACUAUUGCACACAUUGAGUUUAUGCAACUUAUU